GAACUAGUAACGAUCUUCCUAAUACUCACCGGCCCCUCGUCGAUUGCUGGAGGCAACCCCGAACGACGCGCGUUCGACAUACCUGCGCUUCACACAACACGUUUUCUCACUCUAACCGCCCCGAGCAUCAGUUUCGCCGCGGGUUGUUUUUCGCUCCGCAUUUGUCGUUGUUCCGUCGAAGAGAAGGGUGCGUGUUUCGCGUCCAUCGUGUUCCCGUCGUACGUAGCGCGUCAAGUGCACUGAAAAGAUCGCAUCCGCUAGAUUUAUUUAGCUCACACCGAAUACUUCGUCCGGUUCGGAGCUGUGUGGUGAGCUAUUUUUGGAGUGAAAAUUCGGAGUGUUAUCAAAAGCACAAGGCUCGAAAGCCGCGGUCAGUGUCUCCAUGGAGGCAAAUAACCGCACAAUUGUGUGACAAAUAGUAUAUGUACAAACAGUAAGCCGGCUUACUUAGACGUGUUCGAACCGCGCUAAACCGUAGCAUAUCGUGUGACAAUAAUCGAUACUAAAUAAAAUACUCGUUUUAAUUGGAAUACUGCCUUCCUGGUUGAGAGUGUCUAAGGAAAAGUAGUGCUAUUUUCCAACGUGAAUUGAAUAUAUUACAUGCAAUCCCAAUCGAUCAUCGUUUUGGUGGAUCUCGUUUAAAAUUUGUUCAGAAAUUGUGCAAAGUGUAUCUAGUAAACGUCACCCAACGGUACGAAGCAAAAGAACCCGGUGAGAAAUCCAAGUCUACACCAACAAAAAAAAUCAAUACAACCACAGUGAUAGGUCGGAUUCCGCGAGAAGUGAUAAAGUAGUGGAUUAAUUGCUUGAUCGCGCAUCUUCGAUCGCAGGAAGCGAAGUGUUGGCAGUGUUCGAAUAAAUAAAAAGAAAAGGAAGAAGACCUUCUGGCCCGAGGGCUGUGCAGGAAACGGGCAAAACCAACAUAUUGUCCAUCUGUGUUUUAUAGAAGUGUAUAUUUGUGUCUGUGUGUGUGUAUGUUUAUCCGUGGCCCCGCGUACUGGUGGCAGAGUGUCUGAAGGAGAGAUAAAAAAAAGCAGGCCACGAGAUUUGCCGACGGCAAAUUGGGGAUACCGAACCGCAUCGCGGUUGUGAGACGAUCGUGAUUUGAUUUCCGUGCAUCGGGUUUGUUGUAAUGUUCGUUGCCUCUCCAUGCUAAUCCGUGUUCCCUUUUCCUUGGGCGUUGAAUUAUGAUUUUCCUCCCACUGGGGCGUGAUUAGACGCACCGGCGUACAAAUCGCGAUACAAAUGCAAAACACUCACGUGUCUGUAACGAGGAAAACUAAUUAUUUGACGAAAUCACUUUUUUUUCCCCCCACAACCCGAAUGUAGCCACCAUCCAAGGGUUGAAGUAAAGAAAUUCGUGUCAUUACACUGGUGAAGGCUGGUUAAUUGGAAGUGCGAUUGCGUGUGCCGUUUCUGUGUGGUUGGGUAUCUUCUGUGUUUGCUGUUCCUGAAAUAAGGCACCAGAUUUGGGGAACCAACCCCCCCAUACGGGUACGGUGGAUAACAAACAGAAUCUUCAGCGUGCGGUGGUGAUACGCGGUGGAAUAAUUCAUGAUGACUAGUGCGCUAGUGAGCAAAUGUGACCCGGAAUGUUUCGCUCGGUGACGGUGCAAUUGUGAAAGGCCAUUUUUCAUGUGUACACGCAGUGUCUGCCAGUGUGUGGUUUUCGGUGCAUUUCAACGGUGUAACGCACCCAUAGUUUCAAGAAAAGGUUGCCCCAAAAUAUGACGGGAGGCCCCCGCAACAGGCCACAGGCGUGUGAAAGUGAAUUGUAGUGUGUUUCGGGUGUGUGCGGUGCUAGUGAUGAAAGAUCUUGUCACACUCGAUGUCCUUGCAAGCAUACACGUAGCAGUAACUAUAGCCACCGGUGAUACGCUCUCACUGGACAGGAAUUCUAUACGACUAAAACACACCUCGACACAGGCGGUCGAAAAUAGCAGCGGUUGCGCCUGAUAAGCAGCGGGCCGCCGACGCGUCCGUAGCGUGGCGUUCAGAGGUACGCGCAGGUGGGGAAAAACAACGCGCCACAAUACGCAGCCGAAGCCGCUCGUGGAAAGGCGAAAAGAUGGGAAUCGGCGACCUCCGCUCGUGGACCAGCGUCGUCGUCGUAAUUCUCACCCUGAUCUCAAUGGUAUCUUCAUCCGGCUUCUUCGAACUGCAAAUACUGGAGAUUUCAAACACCAACAGCCAUCUACUGUCCGGAUACUGCUGCGGUUUGCCACCGGAGAAACGACAGACCCAAACGACAGGAUGUCCGGCAUGUGCGACCGCGUUCAGCUUGUGCCUGAAGGAGUAUCAGGGCACGACCUCAAGCGUUCAGCAGCAACAAAAGCAGCUGAAACAGCCGGCCACAGCCAUUGCCGUGGAACCACAACCGUCCGGUCUGUAUGGUUGUGCGUUCGGUAACGCCAGCACGCCGGUCCUGGGUGGGUCGAGCUUCGUCCUGACUGACCCGGAAGUCGGUGGCAUCACAUUACCCUUUACCUUUCGCUGGACGAAAUCGUUCACACUUAUCCUACAAGCUUUAGAUAUGUACAACGAGUCAUACUCAAUUUCCGAGCGACUUAUUGAUGAAACAUCAUUUUCUGGCGUUAUUCUACCGUCGCACGAUUGGAAUACAUUAGACCAUAUAGGAAAGAGCGCACGAAUAACGUACCGUGUACGAGUACAGUGCGCAGACAACUACUACAACACGACCUGUACAACGUUCUGCCGGCCCAGGAACGACCAGUUCGGGCAUUAUACCUGUGGAAAGCAGGGCAAUAAAGUGUGUCUUCCCGGCUGGCAGGGAGCAAACUGUGAAAAAGCAAUCUGCAAGCCAGGAUGUGAUCAAAUACACGGCAAAUGUGACCAGCCGGGUGAAUGCGAAUGCCGCCCUGGAUGGCGUGGUCCGCUGUGUAACGAGUGCAUGGUGUACCCGGGCUGCCGGCACGGCUAUUGCAACGGAAGUGCAUGGCAGUGCAUCUGUGAUACGAACUGGGGUGGAAUCCUCUGCGAUCAAGAUCUCAACUACUGCGGUACGCACGAACCGUGCAUGCACGGAGGUACGUGCGAAAACACUGCCCCGGAUCAGUACCGGUGUACAUGCGCCGAAGGACUUUCGGGCACACGAUGUGAAAUUGUUGAACAUCCGUGUGCGCCACAGCCGUGCAAAAAUGGUGGCACCUGCACACUAACCGGAAGCGACAAACCGCCAACGGUCACCUCCUCGACAGUAGCAUCAAUCGUUGUCCGUGGUAUGCGUGGCAUGAGCUCGAUGGGGAAACCGUUCGGGCGUAGUGCUGCCGGUAGUGGAACCGGUGGCAACUCAGCUGCCUCCAGUUCCGGUACGGCGGAGUCCAACGAUCAAUCGAAAUCCGGAUCCUCUGCGGCGUCCGGUGGACUUCCUGCACCAUCGUCCAGUGGUCCACAACCGAUGAAAGAUUUCGUCUGUACCUGCGCACCCGGAUGGACCGGUCCGACCUGUGAGAUAAAUAUCGACGAAUGUGCCGAUGCACCGUGCCGAAACGGUGGCACUUGUAUCGAUCUUAUCGGCAAGUUUCGCUGCGAAUGUCCACCACAGUGGACCGGGGACACCUGCCAGAAUGACGUUGAUGAGUGCGAAUCGAAUGUGGCCUCCGGACUUGGGCCCUGCAUAAAUGCUGAAUCAUGUCGCAAUCUGCCCGGAUCGUUCCAGUGCACCUGCCUGGAAGGUUGGGGUGGACCGACCUGCGCCAAGAAUCUGGAUGACUGCGUUGGCAAGUGCAAGAAUGGCGCCACUUGCAUCGAUCUGGUAAACGAUUACCACUGCGCCUGCGCCGUUGGAUACACAGGUCGCGAUUGCAGCACCGACAUUAACGAGUGUGCCAACUUUCCCUGCCGGAACGGUGGCGAAUGCGUAGAUUUCAUCGGUAACUUCAAGUGCAUCUGCCCGCUUGGGUUUUCCGGCACAUUGUGCGAGGAGGCCAAAGAUCAUUGUGUGUCGUCACCGUGCAUCGAGGGUCAGUGUCUUAAUACGCCGGGCGGUUACUACUGCCAUUGUCCACCCGGGCGUGCCGGCCGUCACUGCGAAUUUCCCCGAGUGCCCUGCGAAAAGGGUGGCCUCUGUGCAAACGAAGGAGGUUGCACGAUGCCAACCAACAGCAACGAUACGGCGAUUCUCGGUGGACAGAUUGUUCCGUGUAAUGGGCGAGGUAAAUGUGAGUCCGGCCCGAUGGGUAUGAGCUGCAGCUGCCAAAGUGGCUUCACCGGACCAUUCUGUCAGCACAAUGUCAACGAAUGCACCUCGAACCCGUGCGCCAACAACGGUAUCUGUAUCGAUGGGGAGGGUGAUUUCUCGUGCGAAUGUCAACCAGGAUGGACGGGGAAGACGUGCACGGAACGUGCGAUCCAGUGUCUUCCCGGCCAGUGCUUGAACGGUGGUUCCUGCAUACCGUCCCAGUUCGGUGGUGCACCGCACUGCCGUUGCACACUCGGUUGGGGUGGCCCGUUUUGUAGUGAACCGCUUGAUCAGUGCCAAGGACAACCAUGUCAUAAUGGCGGCACCUGUGAGUCCGGGCCAGGUUGGUUCCGGUGUCUUUGUACGAAAGGAUUUUCCGGUCCAGAUUGUCGGAUCAACGUAAACGAAUGUUCACCCCAGCCCUGUUUGGGUGGCGCAACCUGCAAGGAUGGUAUUGGAGGAUUCACCUGCAUUUGUCCGAUUGGUCGACGUGGAGUACGGUGCGAAAUUCUGCUCUCCGAUCCGUCGUCCGUCUGUUCGAAUACGACCACCAAUUCUCCGUACGAUCCACUCGUUAGCAGCGAUGCGCUUAACAAACCGAACGGAAUGGGAUCAAGUGGAACCGUAUCAGGAGCACCGGAUGAAAGUAACUGCAAUUCGUGUAUCUGCGUGAAUGGGAAACCACGCUGUUCGAAUCUUUGGUGCGGGUUAAGCAACUGUCUUAACCGGAACCAGUCUAAUGGUGCCGGAGCGGUCUGCGAAAGUCAUCAGGUGUGUGUACCGACAUCGCAAGAAUCUUGUCUAACGCCACCGUGCCAACCAAGGGGUGAUUGUCGAACAUUCGAACCGUCCAGGCGUGUUGCACCGCCUAAGAUUCCGGCACCGACCGACUGUUGGCCAAAUCAGGCUAUUCUUGGAACGGCUUGUGCCCGAGUGUCGAUACUGCUCGAGCUGAACCGGCUCGUGCGUGGUACGUCGGUGGAUGGACUGUGCCAUCUCCUCCGGUUACAGCUCGGUGAGAAACUCAUCAAAAACCCAUCCUUUGACGUGUCCGUCUUCAUUGUCGUACUAUGUGAUCUCAAAACUGGAACAAACGAUACGAUUGAAGUGACACUGUCUACUCCGACGGAUCCUGUUGGUGGUGCGUCAAGCCUAACCGAAGCAGUUCGCUUGCUGGCGGAAAUCCUCUCGCGGCAACAAGGCGUUCAGAAUGAUUCCUUUCAAACAGAUCUUGUCGAGGCAGCACCACUCACCUCGAUCCUGGAGGUAAAGGUCGAAACGGCGCUGGUAAAUGAAGGCAGCACCGGUUCCAACUAUCUUAUCGCGGUCGGGUUCGGCAUUGCGAUCGUAGCGCUCUGUCUGGGCGCAGUCGUCGCACUGCUCUGGCGCCAGAGGGUACACUCGCACAGUGGCUCCGGUACCAAUCUAUCGCCCCAUCUGGAUCUUUCCCGCGGUAUGGACGAGGAAAAGUCAAACAAUUUGCAGAACGAGGAAAACUUUCGCCGCUACGCCAAUCCGUUGAAGGCGAGCUCCAGUUCGUUGCGAGGCGCAAUGGAACUAAGCCUAAAUCCUGCUCCAGAGAUUAACCAGAUUGCCGGUCCGAGCUCGGUGCACCAUCGGUCGCAGCAGCUCUAUCCACCCUGCCCGCCGGAUGGAAGCGAGUUCGAGAAAGAUCCCGACAAGCAGAAGACGGCCAACCGGAAUUCGCACAUUCUGCUGCACAAAACGCAAAACUCCGACAUCAUGACGAAAAAUAUCGUUGGUGCGAUGGACAGCCAGCACAAAGACUUUGGCAAACGAUCGAUCAACGAUCAUACCGCGUCGUCGACAACGAACGUUAGCGGGGUUAGUGUGAGUAGUUGCACACCGAGUGCGGCCAGCGGGACAUUGGCUAGCCAUCCGGUGACGGAUGCACCGAACGUUUCCAGUUCAUUGGCGCCCGAUUCAGACGUCCUAACAGUGCACGUGUAG